AUGCAGAUUUUCGUCAAGACCCUCACGGGGAAGACGAUCACCCUUGAGGUGGAGUCUUCCGACACCAUCGACAACGUCAAGUCCAAGAUCCAGGACAAGGAGGGCAUCCCCCCCGACCAGCAGCGACUCAUCUUUGCUGGUAAGCAGCUCGAGGAUGGCCGCACCCUGAGCGACUACAACAUCCAGAAGGAGAGCACCCUGCACUUGGUGCUGCGUCUCCGUGGUGGUGGCAAGAAGCGCAAGAAGAAGGUCUACACCACCCCCAAGAAGAUCAAGCACAAGCGCAAGAAGACCAAGCUGGCUGUCCUCAAGUACUACAAGGUCGACAAGGAUGGUAACAUUGAGCGCCUCCGCCGAGAGUGCCCCAGCGACACCUGCGGCGCUGGUGUCUUCAUGGCCUCCAUGCCUGAUCGUCAGUACUGUGGUCGAUGCCACCUGACCUACGUCUUUGACAAGCAAUAA